AAACACAUGCACGGCCGGAACAUAAUUAGGGGCCAUUAAGGUGCAAUAAACUAUUUUUAUACCGUCCGGCGGUACGAUUUGCUUUGUCGUAAUAAGCAGCCGGUGGCCGGGUUUGUGUGCGGUACAAAUGUGAAGCGGAGAACAGUGAAAUUCCGCAUCCCAAUCAUCCGAUACUAGCGGGAAGCGCACCAACAAGAUGUCAAACUGGUCGCCAAAAAUCCUCGCCAUACGGAUGCGCUCGUUGGCGACAACGUUCAGCCGAAGUUACCACCGCGCCAGUGCUCUCCACCGUCCAACCGGACCACCGAAACUCUCGCCAUACGAUGUAAACUGUAUACUGCGAGGGAACGAACACACGCAAGAAUUUUUUGGCGGAUCCGUUAAAAGCUACGACUCGAAUCAGCUCGCCUCCAACUCGCCUAUUGAAGAUUCACGCAGCGAAGCGAGCUGCGUGCACACCUCCGGUUUGCUGGUGGGGAUAUUCGAUGGUCAUGGUGGGCCGGCCUGUUCGCAGGUGAUCAGCAAGCGGCUGAUGCGAUACAUUGCCGCUUCGCUCGUGCCACCGGAUGAUCUUCGCCAGCAUAUGCUUGGCGGUGCGCAGAGCUUUUCCUUCCUGAGCUGCCAUAAUGAUAAGCUUGAGUUUGUGAGCGAAAUCAAGGAGCUGUACGAGAAAAGCUUCAACCAGUUCGCGAACGAACUCACCAACACUACGCUGGCCGGGUUUCAGAUGCAUCAAACACUGGAGAAUGCUUUUAUCCGGCUGGAUCAAGACCUUUCCCGCGAGGCAAUUGAAAUGCCCAGCCUGCGGACGAUGUCGGUCGCGAUGAGCGGAGCGGUUGCGCUCGUAGCACACAUCGACGGGCCCCAUCUGCACGUUGCAUCCGUUGGUGAUUGCUCGGCCGUGCUCGGCACUGUCACCGAUACCGGUCAGUGGAUUGCGAAGAAGCUCACCAACGAACACAACUCCGACAACGUUGGGGAGGUUCGUCGCUUGCUCAGCGAGCAUCCGGCCACGGAGCGGGAUACGGUGAUUCGUGGCGAACGUUUACUGGGUCAAUUAGCGCCGCUGCGUGCGAUGGGUGAUUUUCGCUACAAGUGGACACGCGAGCAGCUCGAACAGCUGGUCGUGCCACAGUUCGGGGAGCAAGUGAUAGCGCCAUACUACCUCACGCCACCGUACCUGAGCGCGUGUCCGGAAAUUACGCACCACAUCUUGACGCCCCGGGACAAGUUUCUCAUCAUCGCAAGUGAUGGGCUGUGGGAUACGAUGAGCGCGAUGCAGACGGUCCAUCUCGUCGGGGAGCACAUGUACGGGAAGGCAUUCUUGCAGCCACUAACGCUCCCGAAGCAGGAUAUUACGCUUGGGGAAAUUAGUCAAAUGUUGAGCACCCGAAAGGCGGGCCUGCAGAAGAAACCGCUCGAUCGUAAUGCGGCAACCCAUCUCAUCCGGAACGCCCUCGGUGGAACCGAGUACGGUGUGGAGCACUCGAAACUGUCGCACAUGCUAUCGCUGCCGCAGGACAUCGUAAGGCUGUUCCGGGACGACAUUACCAUAACGGUCGUAUACUUCGACUCGGAAUAUCUUCGCAACUGUCCUACCUGAUGGCGGGACGGUAGUGAUCGUGCCGAUCGUGCUGCAAUUGCUUCGCCGGAAACGAACCAAAUCACCGAAAGCAUUUAACAACACGCGAUGAUGACGCGCACGUUCCGUUGACGAACCGGUGUCAGUACCUCCCUCUAAAAGGCUGGCCUUUUUGUCGCUAUUGUCCUAAUGCUCAAUUCUCUCAUCGCCAUCUUCGACCAACGACGAGUCAUUUACAAGGAGAAACGAUCCGGACACAUACAUUUGUUUUGCUGUAUUUAUGUUUCCGUUCUUAAGGGAUCGUUUACCGAUGCAUGUGCGUGUACCGAUUUAAUCGAAAUCCAUCACCGACAUGUCAGGCCGAACGAUUCCAUCACAACCUGUUUAGUUAGCGUGUGCGCUCU